AUGGAUAUACUCCCAGAGGAGUCUUUGUCUUUUGCCGGGACUGGGUCCUCGGGAGAACUCGCAAAGGUGAUACUUUAUGCCCAGCUUCAAGAUCGAGACAAAGAUCUGGUUUUAGCUCGAAAGCAGGCGGAAGAGGCUCGUGCCCAGGCGCUUGAAAGUGAGAAGAUCCUCGAUCAGGUGUUGACCAACCUAACUAAGGCUAAUGAAGCCAAGGUAGCUCUGACUACUCGGGUAGCCGAGACUCAGUUGGAGAAGGACUCGCUGGCAGCCGACAAGCAAGCACUAACCGAGAAGCAAAAGGAGGCUCAUGCCCGGUACAAGAAGCUUCAGAAGAAGAGCCACCAUUACAACUCUAAGUCCAAGUGCUUGAAGAAGCAACUUGCUUUGGCCUCUGGCUCUGAGGCUUCAGCUCGGGCCGGGGAUCAAACUGAGGAUUUGAGAGCUUGA